AUGAGCUUGAAGUAUCCCAGAGAAGUGUCCGACAGGACCGGCGGUAGCAGGGAAGAUGCCGGUGGGCGCCCAGCCCGCAGCCCGUCCCUUAUUGACGAUCUGGCGCCGGGCAACGGGCGGAGGCGGAGCAAAGCGCAAACGGAGAAUGCCGUCGUUACAUUCCCAGUGUUCCCCGUGCCCUGCCAAAGUACCGCUCCCACCCUGCCGCAGGUACCGCUCGCACCCUGCCGCAGGUGCCGCUCCCACCCUGCCGCAGGUGCCGCUCCCACCCCGCCCGGCCUGGCCGGCAGCUCCCGAUUUGCUCCGGUGGAGCAUCCAGUGAGGUCUUCCAGUUCCCGCACAAGGUCUCCUAAGGACCAGGAACUGGAACUUGUUAAAAUGUAUUAUCUUCAAGAUCUCUGUCCUUGCCCACUUCAGCUAAAAUUGGUCAUCCAAGUCUUUGAAAAGAACCCCUCCCGUGGUACCCUGCUGGCAAAAGCGAAGGAGCCGCUGGUGAGGAGAGAUGGAGAACCUCCAGCACCUUUUCUGGUUGGACAAGAAUACUAUGAACAGGGGUUGUAUAAAGAAGCAUUAAAGCAAUUUGAAAAAAUCAAGGAUACAGAUUUUCAAGCAAUGUAUCAGCUUGGUGUAAUGUAUUAUGAUGGACUUGGCACUAAAAAAGACCCUGAAAGGGGAGUGGAAUACAUGAAUAAAAUACUCAACUCUGAUUCCCCAGAAGCAAAACACUUGAAGUUUGCAGCAGCGUACAAUCUUGGAAGGGCCUAUUAUGAAGGAUGUGGUGUUAAACCUUCAACUGAAGAGGCUGAAAGGUUGUGGCUCACUGCUGCAGACGAUGGAAAUCCAAAUGCAAGUAUAAAGGCCCAGAGUACUUUAGGAAUGCUUUAUUCUAUGCCAAUUGUAGAAGAUCUGGAGAAGGCCUUUUUCUGGCAUUCAAAAGCAUGUGACAAUGGAAAUCUGGAAUCACAGGGAGCACUUGGCAUUAUGUAUCUCUAUGGACAAGGUACAUGUCAAAACACUGAAGCUGCUUUGGAGUGUUUGAGAAAAGCAGCAGAACUUGGAAACAUCUAUGCUCAAGGCCAUCUUGUGGAAUAUUAUUACACUAGAAAAUUUUACUCAAAAGCUGCUGCAGUAGCCAAAAGGGUUAUGGAAAAUGAUGACAUCAACAUGCUAGCCAAGAUAACUGAUUGUCAUCCAACAUAUGUAGCCCAGGGGGCUGCUAUGGCUGCUUUCUACUUGGCUAGAUGCCUCCAGCUUGGCCAAGGCAUAAAGAAAAACCAGCAUGCUGCUGAGGAGUACUAUUCUAAAGCAUGCCAUCUGGAUCCUGCUGUUUCUUCUCACCUUGAACUGGCAGCUAAUCUUGGGAGAAUUUAGUGGUUUUUUUAACUGUGACUGAUGUAUAAAUAUAUUCCCUACAAUAAACCAUCAUUAAUCUCCAGGAAUUACAGACUAUU